CGCAAUCAUGUCAUCCAUACUGAAGAGUGGCUGGAAUUUCGUGAAAAGACACCGAAAUAAGGCGCUGAUAGGUGUGGGCGCUGUGGGCGCCGCCUACGCCCUCAACCGCUAUCUCCAGUCGGUGGCCAACGAGUGGCAGACCUCCUCGUCGCGCGACUUCGUCUCCGAAGUCAAGAAGAAAGAGAUCCACUUCGAAAACACGAUCGAGACGUGCAAUCAGACCUCGAUGUCGCUGUCCGUCAAGAUUGUGGACAUUCUGGACCAGUCGCUGGACGCCGACCCCAUUCUGGAGCUGAUUAGGGCCGACACCGACCACAAGCUCACCGACACGAAGAUCCAGUUGUGGAACAAACUGAAGGUCCGUAUCUUCACGCGCGUCAUAUCGGAGGUGUAUUGUGUGGUACUGUUCGUGACAUACCUGCGCGUCCAGCUGUCCGUUUUGGCCGGUUAUAUAUAUGUGGAUAACUGUCGCCAGAAUCCGGCGGACCUCAUGUCCCAAAUGCAGGCCUCGUCAUCGGCGGUGCAGAACAAGUACCUCUCGCUUCUCCAUAACUUCUAUACGGAAGGCAUUCAGCAGAUCAUUGAACCCAUUAUGGAGGCGGUCGACGACGCGCUCCAAGAAAUCAGUCUUAAGGAUCAGAUUGUUUUGCAGGACUUGAAGAAUAUUUUCGAAAAAGUGAAGGCGUCGAUGGCGUUCAGUCUCUGCGGCUCCCAAUCAAACGCCUCCCGCUUUCUACUGAAUCCCAACAAAAUGUUUGCCACCGAAGCGAACGGCAAUAGUAAUGGCAUUUCGGCCAAAGAGUCGGAACUAUUGCAGCGAAUGGUGAACGAGACGCAAGACAUACUGGAAAGCGAUGACUUCAAGCGAGUGAUCGAUUCGGGUAUUGAUUUGGGUUUCGCGGUCCUAAUGGACGUACUUCUCGGCUGUUUUGUGCGCAUAUCCGACGAGAAAAGCGGUCAGAAGUCGGACAACGGCUUCUCGAACCCGCACUCCAUUCGCGUCCCAUUAGUGAAACUGUUGCCCAAAAUAUGGCUUUCACUGCAAGAGCGCCGGCGGCCGGAGGAGAAGCUGGUGUUAGUGCGGCAUCUCAUCUGUUUGGAUGUUCUCAACUGUUUUGCGGCCAAUAUUUACGAAGCCUUUUGUCAGCAAAUUGAACAAUAGUUGUGUCACUCAUUGCCCAUCAAAAGCACU